AUGUUCAACUCGCCGAGCGCCCGGAAGUCCGUCGACAGCUUGCAUGCCCUUCCACCAACAGGCCGUUCAGAAUAUCCCCUCCAUAGUCGAACUGGACGAUCAAGCUCACGGCGCGGAUCUACGGCGAGCUCUAUCAGGUCUUUUGGGGGAGGAGAUAAUUCCUCCAGCAAUUGGACUCACUCUGUUCAUGAGACCGGGCAAAAUGGUAUGUCCACUAGCCGGACACCCCACUUGAGCAUGUUCUAA